AUGGAGCGCCGGCAGCGCCCCGGCAGCGCGGGCGGCCCGCCCGCCCAGCAGCAGGCUGGCGGGCGCGCAGAGGGCGCAGACGAGCAAGGCACGCUGCAAGGCCUGCUGCGCCGCCUGGGGGCCGGGUAUGAAGACAUCUAUCCGGGGGCCGCCAUGGGCGGCAGCGCGCGCGUCAGGGCCAUCGUGGUGCAGCUCAAGGAUGAGGACGAGGUGGGGCAGCUGGCGGGGCUGACGGAGCUGUGCGAGUUCCUUUCCAUCUCAACUGAGGACACGCUGGCCGCCUUCCCCACGGAGCAAGUCGUGCCCCUGCUGGCGCUGGAGAAGCUGAGCCACGAGCACCCGGCGCGGCUGCUGGAGGCGGGCGCGCUGGUGGCGGUGCUCUCCUAUGUCGACUUCUUCCAGACUGGGGUGCAGCGCGUGGCGGUGGCCACCGCCGCCAACAUGUGCCGCGGCCUGAGCGGCGCGCACGCGGAGGCCGCCACCGCGGCCGCCCCCAUCCUCAUCAACCUGCUGCAGUACCAGGAUGCCAAGAUUGUUGACAGCGCGUGCCUGGCGCUGACGCGCAUCGCCCAGGCCUUCUCCCGCUCGCCGCGCCACCUGGAGGCGCUGUGCGCGCUGGGCCUGGUGGGCAGCAUCGUACAGAUGGUGGGGGUGAGCGAGAGCGGCGGCAUGACCAGCCAGCUGCAGGUGCCCACCUUCUACGGCCUGCUCAAGAUACUGGCCACCAUGGCGGCGGGGUCGCACGUCGUGGCAGAGGCGCUCAUGGAGGCGGGCGUGUCGUCUACGCUGCGCAACCUGCUGGCCACCUCCUCCCUGCUCUCCACCACCGCCGUCUCCCCCGCCAACGUGCUGCGCUCCACCGACCAGCUGGGCGACCUGGUGGCGCUGGCGGCCGCGCUGCUGCCGCCCAUUCCCGAGCCGGCGGCGGCCAUGGCGCGGCAGGACGCGCCGCCGUCCACCUCGGCCGCCGCGGCAGGCGCCAAGCAGGCGGGCGGCGAGGAGUCGGAGGAGGUCUGCCAGCGCACCCGCUUUGUGCACGACCACCCGGCGCUGCUGCAGAAGUUCAGCGCCGACCUGCUGCCGCUCAUGAUCCAGGUCUACUCCUCCUCCGUGACCCCCCAGGUCAAGCGCCAGUGCCUCACCACCAUCGCCAAGAUGCUGCACUUCAACACAGCCCACACGCUGGCCGCGCUGCUGGAGGAGCUGCCCGCCGCGGCGCUGGUGGCGGCGCUGCUGGGCGCGCGAGACUCCACAGUCGCCGCCUACGGCAUGCAGAUGGCGGAGAUACUGAUCGAGAAGCUGCCGGACGUGUACCAUCAGUACUUCCUCAAGGAAGGCGUGGUCCACGCCAUCGACCAGCUGGCAGCCACCCCGCCCGCGGCGGCGGCGGCGGCGGCGGACGCGGCGGCCGCGGGCGGCGCCGCCCAGGAGAGCAGCGGUGGCGCCGCCGGGCUGGCCGCGCGCGUCGGGCGGCGGCUCAGCGGCGGCGGCAGGCCCGCGUCGCGCGCCGCCGACAAGGACGCGGGCGAGGCGGCGGCGGCGCCGCGCGCGGCGGCGGGCGACGCGCUGCGCGCCGCGGUGGGCGCCCGCGCUCGCCGCUUCCACGCCCGCUACUUCACAGACGGCAAGGGCCACGCCCUCAGCCCGGCGGCGGCGGCUGCCGAGGCGGCGGAGGCGGCACUGGAGGCGCUGGCGGCUGCCGAGCGGGAGGCGAUGGAGGAGGAGGAGAUGCUGGUGGGGGGCGGCAGCGAGGCGCACGACAGCGAGGAGGAUUACGACGAGGAGAUGGAGGGGGGGGGGUAUGUGGAGGGGGAGGAUGAGGAGUAUGAUGAGGAGGGCCUGGGCCCCACCCUGGAGUUCUACACCCUGCUGUCCCACGAGCUGCAGCGCAAGUCGCUGGGCAUCUGGCGCCACGACGACGCAGCCGCAGCAGCCGCAGCCGCGCCGCCGCCGCAGCCGCCCGCCGCGCUGGCAGAGGGGGCCAAGCCGGCCGCGGACGCCGCCCUGAGCGGGCCUGGCCCUCUGGAGGGGGAGCUGGAUGCGGAGGGCGGGCAGCUGAGCGAGGGGGUGCGGGCUGGGGAGCUGGUGGCGGCGCCGCACGGUCUCUUCCCCGCCCCGCUGCCGCCCGGCAGGCGCGGGGACGACGGCAAGCCCGCGGCCUACUUCCGCCUGCUGGGCCGCGCCGUGGCCAAGGCGCUGCAGGACUGCCGCCUGCUGGACCUGCCGCUGUCGCCGCUGCUGUACCGCCUGGCGCUGCAGCGCCGCGUCGACCUGUACGAUGUUGCCGCCCUGGACCCGGCACUGG